UGAAAGGCAAAUUAAAUCAACAGGAAACAAACAAACAAACAUUAAUUAAUUAAUUUCGUGUCAGUGAGAAAGAUUUAUGAUGUUUGUGUAGGAUUUAUUUUGAUUAUUUUCCCUAUUAGACGGACAAACAGGAACCCGGAAGUGCUCGAUUAAUUUGAUGGAAUGUUAUAAAGUCGGUAACAAUAACACAUUCGGCUUUUGAUUAAACACAGAGUCGCACAGAAUUGACGUCAUCACUGUGAGAAAGGUGAAGGGCACUAUGGGUAAAGGCUGUAAGGUGGUGGUCUGUGGCUUGGCCUCUGUUGGUAAAACGGCGAUUCUUGAGCAGUUGCUGUACGGAAACCAUACCGUUGGUGCCGAAACAAAUGAAACCCAGGAAGACAUCUAUGUGGCCUCUGUCGAGACGGACCGUGGCGUGAGAGAACAGUUGCGUUUAUACGACACCAGGGGGCUCCAAGAUGGACAGGAGCUGCCAAAACACUACUACUCAGUGGCUGAUGGCUUUGUUCUGGUGUACGCCGUGGACAGUAUGGAGUCCUUCAAGAAAGUUGACCUCCUGAAGAAGGAAAUCGACAAAUCCAGGGACAAAAAAGAGGUGAUGGUGAUCGUACUGGGUAACAAGGCAGACCUGCACGAGCAGCGUCAAGUGGAACAGGAAGUGGCUCAGCAGUGGGCUCGGGCUGAGAAAGUGAAGCUGUGGGAGGUGAGCGUGUCUGAACGCAGCUCACUCAUCGAACCCUUCACCACUCUCACCAGCCGCCUCACGCAGCCUCAGAGCAAAUCGGCUUUCCCCCUGCCUGGCCGCAAGAGCAAGGGAACUCCCGCUAACGACAUCUGAGCCAAGCACAUCUGGAUUACCAAUAGUCAUUAACAUGCUUCAGUCCAGUGGUGUAGAUUUCAGUAAUUAAAAUUAGGAGCAUGCUAUUCUUAGCCAAUCAGUCUGAAAGCUUAUUUCAGAACAAUUGAGUGUUUUCAUGAGGUAAAAUAGAACUCUAUAAUGCUUCCAGAACAGUAAAAUAAGCUGUUUUUGCAGUCGGGGGUCUAUACUGUACAAAACUGCCAUAAGUGCUUUAAUUUCAGCCGGGGAGGGGAGGGAGUAGAGGUUGAACAGCUCUUCCAAAAGUAUUUAACAAAAAAACACGGAGCUUUAAAGGAAAAGGCAACUUUUGUACAAAACCAGGUGUGUAAUAGGAGAAAAACAUACGCGUAAUCAAUGCCGUUAAUUAUUUCCAUUAUAUAUCGAACAUGAAAAAAUAUUUUUAACUUUGAAAUCAUGAAUUGACACAGAGGAGUCGAAGUUGGAGGAGGCAGCCAUUUUGAGAUUGUGGGCAACUAUAGAGAUCUUGCAGUCACGUGACCGGAAAGUACACAGCCGCCAUCUUGUCGGUCAAAAACACCGCUGAAUACUGCUGCACUCGUGUACAGAAUGGAUCAAUUUCAACCGACGGACUACACGGCUCAUUUUUCUAAUGAACAGAUAACUAGAUGUGUCUAAAAUAAACGAUCUACAGAUUUGUGACCCUUAUGGCUUACCGGACGGAGUUUUCACAACCGGAUUUUGAACUGCCAGCGGAAUACCCGGACGUGUAUAAUUACCUUGUUAACUUUCCCUCGCUGUUCAGUGGUGAAGCACUGCGUGCUUAUAAAUCUCUGGACAGUUUUCUUUACAGAAAUUCAGGAUUUGUCAGCAACUCAGAUGUGGCAUCUUGUAAACAAGAAUCCUCACUGGAUGGGUAAGUCACUUAAGUAUUGAGUAUAGCACUGACCAGCUGAUUAUAGAAUAGAAUAAGGUAAUUCCAGCUGUAAUUCCAAAUCGUCCGUCUUGUUUACAUGGAUCUGGCGUUGGAGAGGUAGAGGCUUAGCAGUGGAGGUUUGAGUGGCUGGUUUCUGAGCUUAGUCAACAGGCCGCUCUGCAGCCUCGCUUUUGCUUCUGCUCCCGGCGCCGCCUCCUUCGCUUUGCUUCCGAUAACAAUCCACGGAGACCCCGCUGGUCUCGCCAUCUCAUCCGGAAUGUUGUGCAUGCGAUGGAAAUCGCUACAAACCGUCAUUUUCUGCUGGAAACCAAUGUCCAGUAAGUCCAUACGGUUGUAGUGGAUAUUGAAGUCCGGUACAGACGAACAACACGCAAAAAUACACACAAAAAACAUAAAAACCGUGCACAGGUAAGGAGAGAGCUUGUAGCCGCAGCCGUUGUAGUAGAAUUGUAUAUAGUAGGGUUUUCCAGAAGAAAAGGUAGAAGUAAAAGCAGAAGUAGAACCAGAAGGCGGAAAUAUGGCGUUUGACCUACAAGAUGGCGUCUGUCACAAUCUGGAUCGGCUGUGACGUCACAUGCAAGUGCUCCAUAAACCAAUCAGAAUCUUUUGUUAAUGCGCCUCCCUCUGAUCUGUGACAUCACUGGGCCCAUGAAAACAGUGUUUACAAGCAGAUCACUGUGAUUAGGAGUCCCAGCGCGUGGCUUGUAUUCGAUUCGUUUAUAUCCCGACCUUGUCAGCUGUCAGAUUUAUGUUCAUGGACCCGGUAAGCUGGUAAAUAAUUAUUUUUUUCUUUCUUUCCCAAAUUCUAACAGAAAACAAGAGCGCCCGAAAGGGAAAACCGAGCCGAGCCGCUUCACACAUGCGCAGUAGGCUUGGUAGGACAAAUCCAAAUAGGAGUCAUUCAGGAUUCAGCCAUGUUUUUGCUCCGUGUUUUUACUCAACCAAAGUUAUACAGUAUUAUGAGCUUUAAGUUGCAUAAAUAAAACCAUUUGGUGAAACUUUGAAGAAGCGAUUGUACUGGUUUUUUACUUUAUUACCAUGAAGCACUGAAGAGUUCUUUUCAGUGGUGGGCCGCAUGACGUCACGCAGUAGAUCAAUAUGGCGGAACGCAUCUUCGCUGAGCUCAGCGCAAGCCCAUAUUAUUAAAAGUUAAGAUACUGUUAUGCGGCCUGUUCUUUCUCUAUAAAUUCCAUGAUCGAUUACUUUAUAUAUUUAUCUAUCUAUUUGUGGUGAUUUUGUACAAAAGUUGCCUUAUCCUUUAAUGAAGCUUCACACAGCUUGUGUAUUUUACAGUUUAGCAUUACAAGGCACAGAUUUGAGGUAUUACUUUACUUUGAUAAUUUUAUAGUAAUAGGUUUUUAAAAAUAAAAAAAAAGUAUUUUGUUUACGGAGCUGCUCAAGUCGUGAAGCCGAGUUGAGGUUUUUUGUAGAAAUGAUUACUGUAUUGCACAACUUUGUGACUUGGCACUUGUAUGUAAUGUGAAUAAGUGUUUAGGAAAUCAUUUCUUAAACACCAAGGAAAAGCAGGAUAAUUAAUGUAAUGUAAUAAAGGGGACUUUUCACAGUAGAAUGUUACGGUGCUGUACAGAUACUGGUUUGAUUUAAAAGCAGUGAUUCAAGAACCUUUUGUCUGUAAAAAAUUCCACACUCCCUCAAUGCAGAUUCAUUUUAUUUCAGGAACAUUAUUUUGACGUGUAUAAUAAAAUAAUGUUUCAAUUCCUGGACUAACAGCAGCACAUUAGAACCAAGUUGACUUUUUUUUUUUUUUAAAUUGAGGCUUGGAUUAAACCCAUUCAAUCCAAGAUGACCAGUCUAAUUACGAGGGAUGCAUUAAUAUGGAUACUGACCCAAACAAGAUUAACUGUGAGCUACUGCACACUUACAUCAGAACGCAAGCAAUUGAAAGAAUGACACUUUUUAUGAAUGUUAACUUCAACAAAUAAUUAACCCUGGAACAAGUAAAUAAAGAGCAGUGUGUCUCCCCAGGGAUUUCAAACCGCAUCCUGGUAAACUGGCAGUUUGAAAUAGCAUCAAAAUCCACCCUUUGUUUCAAAAAUACAUUCGGUAAACAGGAAGUCGAUGUAGGUCAGACCUGAAAACGGUAUAGAACCCCAAGCUGGAGCUCGGUACCAAAUAUCAAGCAGCUGUGAUUUGUAGUUGCUGAGAAAAAAAAAAAGUGUUACGAAAGUUUUGUAAAUCCACACUAUAAGUUUCGUAAAUGGGUCUGUCUCAGAAACCGGUCUCUCAUUUGGGAUAUUAUGGUCAAAAAAUAAAUUCUCUAAUUUUACUUUUUUUUUUUGCAUUUACCUAACACUCAAUGUAUGUGAUGUUUAAUAAGAAUAAAGAUAGCAUCUUGCUUUA